UCUAGUGCAGGUUUUGGGAAUUGAAAUAUUCAUUUUACAUGAGAUGUAGAGUAAAUUUACUUUUUGACGACAUAUUUAUACUAAUAUAAUCGUGUUAACAUUCGUCACUUUAAAUUCUUGAAGAAAUCCAACAUGAUGGUGGAGAACGUAAAGUGUCUGUCUGUACUGUCUCUUCUACUUUUAUGUCACCAUGGAAAUACUCAAUCAAUAGUUAAAACGCUUGUAAAUGAAGCGGUCACAUCAGCAGCAAACAGCAUUCCGAACACAACCAAUCAAAGGACACCACAAAUAGGCAGAAGGGGACCACAAAGUACAAGAUCGUCAAUAGAUUUGUUAAACUUGUUCAGUUCAUCGCAGAACCAACAACAACUAAGAAUGUCAUCUAGAGUGGUGCUAAUUACCGAAAAAGCUGUCUCCUCUGUGAAUCAACGUUUACGGACAAUGCGGGCACCUGCAGUACAACCAACAGCUAUUUAUGAUCUAGUCGAAAAAGCGGUCGAGUCAUUUUGUGAUCAGCGAGAACAAAUUUCCUGUGAUAAAGACGCCCCCUAUCGGAACAUAGACGCAACAUGUAAUAACCUAGAGAACAAACUUCAGGGUGCAGCUUUUACUCCACAAUCCAGGUUUUUGGAACCAACAUAUGGGGACCCCAAUAAUUUGGGUUCAGUUCCACGCAUAAAAGGGAAGAAUGGAGACGAUUUAAAAAGUCCCCGGGUGAUCUCUAAUGCUGUGUUGAAAAGUGAACAAUCUGCACCUCAAAGCAACAGAUUUACAGUGGCCUUGACACACUUUGGACAAUUUGUUGAUCAUGAUAUUGUAGCAACGCCAAUAUUUACAGAGUCAGAUGGUACAAGUAUUUCUUGUUGUAACGGAAACACACCAGUUAACAGGCAUGAAUGUUUUUCAUUUUCUACACCAAAAGAUGAGUUUAAGUUCUCGUGCAUGCAUUUCGUUCGCUCACUGCCUGCCUCGUCACCUGGAUGCUAUCCUGGCCCGAGAAAACAAAUGAACGUUAUUACAUCAUAUCUAGAUUUAUCAAGUGUAUAUGGUAGCAGUAAAGAGAGAUUGGACCAGCUACGGAAAUAUUCAAAUGGUGAGCUAGCAGUUGGAGAUAAUGAUUUACUUCCAAACACGCCACCUGGUGCUCCUGAAGAGUGUAAACGGAAGUGUUUCAUUGCUGGUGACAAAAGACAUUCUGAGGUUCCAUUGCUUGCGAUGUUUCACAUAAUAUUUGUAAGGGAGCAUAACAGAAUAGCAAAGGAACUGUCAGCUUUGAACACUGAAUGGAAAGAUGAGAAAGUGUUUCAAGAAACUAGAAAAAUUCUGACAGGAGUUUACCAGCACAUUGUGUUUAAUGAAUUUGUUACCGCUCUGGUUGGACCAAAAUAUGCUAACAUCAUUAGCCUAACUAGUAGUCCUGAAGGUCAUCAAACUUUUUAUUCUCCUUAUCUGGAUGGAGCUACAUGCAAUGAGUUUGGUGCCACCGCCUUUCGAUAUGGACAUUCACAAGUAGGAAACCACGUGGGUGCAUCAGGUGUCGAUUUCAAGGAACUUCGUAGGUCUUUAAUGCAGAAUGAAUCCUUUGAUGUAAAAACAAUUCGUGAUCCCGAAAAUAAAUUUGGCGUCAAGCGUAUGGGUAGGUGGAUGUCUGCAACACUAGGGGACAAAACAGAUCGAUUUCUUUCAGACCAGAUGCGUAAUCAUCUGUUUGAAGUUCAACCGGGAGAAGCAUUUGACCUUGGUGCACUCAAUAUACAACGUGGACGUGAUCAUGGGAUAGCUGGGUACAAUGAAUACAGAGAAUACUGCGGUUUGUAUCGUGCAAAACAUUUUGGUAAUGCAUAUGGUGGACUGGUUGAUCAUGAUAAAUCUACUGCACGUGCUUUAUCGGAAGUAUACAGUCAUCCUGAUGAUAUUGAUUUAUUUGUUGGUGGAUUAUCAGAAAAACCUGCAUCAGCAGAAUCUAUCCUAGGACCAACAUUCAGAUGCCUUAUAGCUCUUCAGUUCCUCAAUUAUAAACACGGUGACAGAUUCUUUUACGAAAAUAAUUUCACAGCGACAGGGUUCACCCUUGAUCAAUUGAAUGAGAUAAAGCGACAGACUUUUGCGGGAAUUUAUUGUCGGACAUUAAGCCUGGAGUAUAUACAGCCAAAUAUUUUCAUAAAUCCGGAUAGUCAAAAACCUCCGGUCAAAAGAAUACGUUGUGACGAAUUGCCAAGGUUAAAUCUUAAUUAUUGGAAGACGUAAAAAAAU